CACUGGAGAAAAGGUGAACAGCUGACGUUAGUUAUAUUGUGAAAGACACAAAAGUGUAAAAACGUAUUAUUUUGGAAGUGUAAAUGGAAUUAACUUAGGAAAGCUAUUUCCACAAAGAAUUCAAACAUGAAUCAAUUACCGGACGACCAUUUUCGUUACAUCUACAGCUCCUCCUUACAUGAGCAAAUACAAAUAAAAGUAGGAACAUUAGAAGGCAAAAAACGGCAACCAGACUACGAGAAACUGCUUGAAGAUCCCAUUUUACGUUUUUCCGGUCUUUAUGCAGAAGAAUGUCCUGCUUUUCAAAUUCGCUUACAAGUAUUCAACAAAAACCGGCCAUAUUGUUUGCCAGUAACCACAUCCUAUAAAGCCUUCAACAAACGUUGGAGUUGGAAUGAAUGGGUGACUCUACCUUUACAAUUUUCUGAUCUACCACGCACCGCCAUGUUAGCUCUAACCAUCCUCGAUUGUGCUGGCGCAGGAAAAACAACUGUAAUAGGUGGCACAGCAAUUUCGUUAUUUGGCAAGAACGGUUUGUUUCGCCAGGGCAUGUUCGACUUGCGAGUGUGGUUAGGUGUCGAGGGAGAUGGCAGCUAUCCGUCUAAAACGCCUGGUAAAGGAAAAGAUUCUUCAAAAUCACAGAUGCAACGGUUGGGCAAACUUGCAAAGAAACAUCGUAAUGGACAGAUGCAUAAAGUCGAUUGGUUGGAUCGACUGACAUUUCGAGAAAUUGAAUUGAUAAAUGAACGUGAGAAGCGCAUGUCAGAUUAUAUGUAUCUAAUGAUAGAGUUUCCCACCGCAGUGUUUCAAGAGUAUUAUAAUUAUUCCAUUGUUUAUUUUGAGCCAGAAGGCGAUAAAAGUCAUAAAAUACUGUUUAAACCGAAAUUAGUGACUGUACCAGAUUCAGACAUUUUGCAGGAGAAUUUGGUCGAACGAAAGCAUCAUCGCCUGGCACGUUCCGAACGGUCACGCAUUUCUGACCGAGAUGCAAAGCCCACUGCUGUUAUACGUAACCAGUUGCACACCAUUGUGUACCGCUAUCCACCAACAUGUGUACUGAGCAGUGAAGAACAGGAUCUAUUAUGGAAAUUCCGAUUUUAUUUAUGUUCACAUCGCAAAGCUUUAACGAAAUUUCUCAAAUGUAUCAAUUGGGAGAUUCAGCACGAAGUAAUGCAGGCACUUUCGCUGCUAGCCAAAUGGGAACCAAUGGAUGUAGAGGACGCAUUGGAGCUGCUCAGUCCGGUUUUUACACAUCCAGGUGUAAGGCGCUAUGCCAUCAGUCGAUUGGCCCAGGCCCCAGAUGAAGAUCUGCUACUUUACUUAUUGCAACUGGUUCAAGCUUUAAAGUACGAAAAUUUCGAUGACAUCGUAGAAUUGCACAAACGUAUUUUUCCCGAUCACGAUGUUGUACGUUCUUUAGACGGCAGUUCUACUAUCUUAGAUCCUAAUUCGAUUUGUUCGGAUUCAAGUGGGGGUGUAUCUUCAGUAAUUGCAGUAGGUGGCGCUGGACCACAACGCGGAAUUGCGGCAUCAGUUCUACAACGACCUACGAUACAACCAGAAAUGCCCGCACCACGCAUAUCCACAUCAGUCGGGCCAACAUCAACAUCCAACUCAAUAACAGGAGCAGCAAGUUCAUUACAAAACUCCAUUUCAACAGCAUCUUCAGUUGUAACCGCUGGUGGCAGUGGGGGUGGAGAUGACAAUUUGAUAAAUAAUUCUUGUGUAGCUUCUGCUAUUUCAGACGCCACCAAUACAUUGACUAGCGAAUACAAUGCCGCUGGGCCACUGAAAAAUGAUCCUGGAGAUCUCUGUACAUUCCUCAUACAACGAGCAUGCAAGAAUCCAACACUCGCUAACUACCUUUACUGGUAUUUAUCUAUUGAGGUGGAAGACCAUGAGUCGAUACGUAAGCAAGAUGAACGAGUGCAUGAUAUGUACGUGAUGGUGUUGCGAAUGUUCCUUAGGGUUAUAGAAACUGGCAAUUUUCAAUUGCGAAGUAUUUGGCAUAAUUUGAAAAAGCAGCAAAUUUUAAUAGAUGAACUCGUUAAAUUGGUCAAAACCGUAGCCAAAGAGCCAGGCAAUCGCAAUAAGAAAACCGAAAAGUUUCAGAAGCUUCUAUCCGAUACGGACACGUUUAAAAUAAACUUUACUGGCUUCGACCCACGACCAUUUCCAUUGGAUCCAGAAAUUUAUAUCACCAAAAUUGUACCAUCGAAAACCUCACUCUUCAAGAGCGCGCUAAUGCCCGCAAAGUUGACUUUCGUUACUACUAUUGCCAAACAUGAAUAUGUAGCCAUUUUCAAACAUGGCGACGAUCUUCGCCAGGACCAACUAAUCCUUCAAAUGAUUACAUUAAUGGAUAAACUUUUGCGGCGUGAGAAUCUGGAUUUAAAACUGACGCCUUAUAAGGUGCUGGCCACCAGCUCAAAGCAUGGCCUAUUGCAAUACAUUGAUUCGUACACUGUUGCCGAUGUGUUGGCGCGGGAAGGCAGCAUACACAACUUUUUCCGCAAGCACAAUCCUUGCGAAAAUGGGCCGUACGGCAUUACAGCAGAGACUAUGGAUACGUAUAUUAAAAGCUGUGCUGGUUACUGUGUAAUAACAUAUUUACUAGGUGUUGGCGAUCGUCACUUAGAUAACUUGCUUCUAACCACCAAUGGUAAAUUGUUCCACAUCGAUUUCGGCUACAUAUUGGGACGUGACCCGAAGCCUAUGCCUCCACCCAUGAAGCUAAGCAAAGAGAUGGUGGAGGCUAUGGGAGGUGUCAGCUCGGAUCAUCAUCAUGAAUUCAGGAAAUUGUGUUAUACAGCAUUUUUGCACUUACGGCGCCACGCCAACGUUAUGCUGAAUCUGUUUUCGCUGAUGGUAGACGCCUCCGUGCCGGAUAUAGCGCUUGAGCCGGAUAAGGCUGUGAAAAAAGUGGAGGACAAUUUGCAGUUGGGUCUAACAGACGAGGAGGCGGUGCAACAUCUCCAAUCACUACUAGACGUAUCAAUUACAGCAGUUAUGCCAGCUUUAGUCGAACAAAUUCACAAAUUAGCUCAGUAUUGGCGAAAGUAAAAGCCAUUGGCGGAGAACUCGGAAAAUGUUUGGUGUGAAAAAUAUUUUUGUGAGUAAAUAGCCAUGAGUAUGAAAAUCAAAUGUUGUCAAAGCAUUAAAUAUUACAUUAUUUUUAGAGUAUCCAUAAUAUUAGUGGGUAAAAAGUUUUAUUUAGACAAAUUUAAUAAUGCAAACAUGUAAUUUCAUUAAUCAUACACACACGUACAUUAUUAACAAAUAAAAAGCCUUAUUAUAAUGUGAAAAUAAAAA